UUUCUGCAGCGUAACCAGUUUCUGGAGGCCGAGAGUGUGGAGAUGGAAAAAGAGAGAAACCAGAUCAGGUUUGAGAUGCGUGGACUUCUGGUGAACAACGAGGACCUGCUGAGGACCAACACACAACUGAACAACGAACUGAAGAGGAUGAGGGAACAGAUGAUUGAGAUGGACCGAGAACAGCAGAGCAUGGCAGAGAAAUACAGGGAGAUGGAGAUCGAAGUCAAACAGGCUCGGGAUGUGAUGGUGGAGGCCAACACGCAGGAAUACGCCUUCAACUUCCUCCAACAGUCGCUGAAGAACCAGAUCCAGGACGCUGAGGAAAACCUGGAAAAACAGACGCAGCAUGCUCAGGCUCUGGCGGAGAAGCUGUGGCGAGCAGAGAGACAGUUGGAGGACUACGAGUUGGACAACGACACCAAAGACAAGAGGACGUCUGAACUCAACAGCACCAUCAUCAGGCUGGAGACAGAGCUGUCCGAGGCCCUCCAGGUGUCCACUCAGGUCAUGGCGGAGAAGAACCUCCAGGAGAAGCUCCGUGACGACGCCCAGCUGAGGGUGGAGGAGCUGGAGGAGUCAGUGCUGGAGAAGGAGCAGGAGAUCCAGAAGCUGCAGGUGCUGGUGGGCCGUCUGCAGGGAGAGGUCUCGGGGAAACUGAUCGAUAAGGAGCGAACGCUGGAGGAGGAGAUCCAGCUGAGGGAGAGGAUCCAGCUGCAGUGCAAACAGGCCGAGAGGACGGUGGACGACCUGACCAUGGAGCUGCAGAGCACCAACCAGGCCAAGGAGGACCUGAGCAAACAGUUGAAACAGGCCCAGGAGAAGAUGAUCGACCUGGAGGCAGAUGUAGAAGAACUGCACGACAGCGAGCAGAGGUGGGCGUCCAAACACAAGAGAGCCAUCGAACAGAUGGAGCAGCUGCAGCUGAAGCUCAUUCAGGAGAAGGAUCUGAACGAACAGCUGGAGAUGGAGAAGGCAACCAUGGAGCGCCAGGUGCGUGAACUGCGUCUGGAGGUGGAAGACCUGCAGAGUUCCAGGGUUCAGGAGGACGUGAUCUCCAAGACAGAGGGGAGGAUCAAAGAGCUGGAGAACACCCUGAGAACCGAGGAGAGGAACAGGGUGGCGCUGUCGAACACCAUCAGUAAACUGGAGAGGAAGAUUAACGAACUGACAGAUCAGAUGGAGGAGGAGCAGAGGAUCAGCACCGAGCAGAAGGACCUGAUGACGCAGAGGAUUCGCUCCCUGAAGCGUCAGUUGAACGAGGUGGAGGAGGAGGCGGGACGUAAGGAGGCGCAGUGUCGCUUCGCCCAGAGGGAGUUAGCGGAGGAGAGAGAAACGAGCAGCCGACUGCAGAGGCAGCUACUGGACCAACACCUGCAGAACAAGCGUAAGGAGGCGCUGACCGUCCGUCAGACCCUGGACAACCUGCGACUGGACCUGAGCAUCGAUGACGAAGACGAUGACGACCUUCAGCAACAAAGCAACGUCACCAAAGUCUGAGGAAACGUCAACGCAAUAGAACUGAACAAACACACAAACAGACACACAAACAAAUACACAAACAAACACACAGAAAAACAAACACAGACACACAAACAAACAAAAACACAGACACACAGAUACACAAACAAACACACUAAAACAAACAAACACACAAACAG